AUGGAUACCUUCAGCAGUACGAAUAAUGUCUGUCGGUACAUAGGUGUAUAUUCACAGUUUCAAAUUUUCCUUUUCAACUUUGUGCCACAAAUAAUGGUGCAACUUAUGGCCGUUGCAACCGUAUCAACAUUUUUGAUCUUUCAGGCGGAUAAGUAG